CAUAAAGUUAAUUGAUGUAAAAAAGAGCUUAGAAUAAAGGUUAGAAAUUUUUUUAAAAUGAAGUAGAAUUUUGAAUAAACUUUAUUGAUCCUUUUGCAACAAAAAAUAAUAGAAUUCUGGCAAUUUUCUGAUAGGAAUAUUUAUAUUGUUGAUAAUGUUAAGGUAAUGGAAAUAUAAUUAAAGAUAUUUGUAAAAAUGCCUCCAAAGAGAGCUUAAUCAAAGGGUAAAAAGGUUACUGUUGUAGUUACAACAAAGGGAAAGAAAGAUGCAAAGGCAGCUUAAAAAAAUGCGUAAUAUGGAUUUAAUAAAUUUUAGUAAGGUGGUAGGUAAACAAGUGACUUAAAGUGUAUCAAGUUCAAGAAAAGGGGCAAAUGCAAAAUCAGUAAGUCCUGCACGAGUUUAGAGUUCUGUAAAAAAAGGUUAGUCUGUAUCUAAAAAAAACACAGGAAAUACAACAACAAAGAAAUAGGUAGAUGAUAAGAAAAAGGUAUAACAGAGAUCUCCAUCACCUCAACCAAAGAAAAAAGUGGAAAAAGAGAAGACAGAAUUAAAAAAAGUAGCAUUUCAAGGUUCAGCUCCUGUUGAUGAAUAUAUUGUAAAUAAGGAUAAUUAUGUUGUUCAUGAAUAAAAUGGUAAGAUUUAUGAUUGUACAAUGAAUCAAACAAAUAUAAUGGGAGACAAUAAUAAUAAUAAGUUUUACAUAGUUUAAUUAGUAAAGAAGAAGAACGAAAGUAAGUGAAAUCAAAUAUAUUUAGAUACAUAUUUUGUUUUCAAUAGAUGGGGAAGAGUAGGUUAAGUUGGAUAAUUAGCUUUUAUUCCAUUUUAAAGUAAUUUAGAAUAAGCAAUAAGUGCUUAUGAGAAAAAGAUUCAUGAAAAGAGUGUAAAAGGAGAUUAUCGUAUUUUAGAGAAGGAUUAUUCAGGAGAGAGUGAUCCAAAAGCAUUAGAUAAAUUAGAGAAAUUAAGAGAAUAGAAGGAAAAGGAAUCAUUUAAUAAAAGUAAAUUACAUUAAAGAGUAAAAGAAUUGAUAAGAUUGAUUUUUGAUAUGAAAAUGAUUAAUAAUCAAAUGAGAGAGUAAUAUUUAUAAUUAAAUAAAAUAAUAGGAUUGGUUAUGAUGCAAAAAAGAUGCCUUUGGGUAAAUUAGCGGCAUCAACAAUAAAGAAAGGAUUUGAUGUAUUAAAAUAACUAUCAGAUGAAUUAGAUAAAAAGAAUCCUAAUUGUUUGGAACUACAAAAACUUACAAGUGAAUUUUAUAGUCAAAUUCCACAUGAUUUUGGAAUGACAAAAGCUCCAUUAAUUAAUUCAAAAGAUAAAGUAAAGGCUAAAUUAGAAAUGUUAGAAGCAAUUCAGCAUAUUUAGGUAGCGACUAAAAUUUUGGAGGAUAGCAAAGAUGAUUCAAAUAUAUUAGAUGAAAAUUAUAAGAAACUUAAUAUAGAUUUGAAAUAUUUAGAUCAUAAUAAUGAAAAGGUGAAAUUGAUAAAAAAGUUUAUAUAAAAUACAUAAGGAUAUUAUAAAUUAGAAGUUGAAGAUGUAUUUGAAUUGACAAAAGAAUAAGAUGAUAAGAGAUUUAAAAAAGAUUUAGGAAAUAGAAUGUUAUUAUGGCAUGGAUCACGUCUGACUAAUUUUGUUGGUAUUUUAGGUUAAGGUUUAAGAAUUGCUCCCCCUGAAGCUCCAGCAACAGGAUAUAGAUUUGGAAAAGUAAUCGAAUUAAUAAUAAUUUAAGGGUGUCUAUUUAGCUGAUGUGAUUGAGAAAUCAGCAGAUUAUUGUUGUCCAGAUCCAUCAACAGGAACUGGAUUAAUUUUACUUUGUGAUGUUGCGCUAGGAAAUCCUAAUAUUAAAUUAUAAUCAGAUCAUAAUGCAAGUAAUCUUCCUAAAGGAAAACAUUGUACUUGGGGUAAAGCUAGAACUUAUCCUCCUGAAAAAUCUUAUGUUGAUAUGCCUGGAUUACCUGGAGUCAAAGUUCCUAUUGGUAAACCUGAACCUUCUGAUGUUGAAAAAACAUCUGGAUUAUGGCAUAAUGAAUAUAUUGUCUAUGAUGUUGCUUAAGUUAGACUUAAGUACUUGAUUAAGAUGAAGUGGAAAAAUUGAUUGGUUUAUAUUUUUUAAUUUAUAUCACCAUAAUGUUUAAUCAGAG